AUGCCGUCAGCAGCAGCGCGACGACUGUAUGAGGACCAAAUCCCCUCGUUCAUGUCAAUCAUAGAUUCUGAAGGGGACACAACAUUAGUUGACGGAUCAGACGUGGUCACCGUGGUCGACUCGAAGUACCUAGACAUGGAACCAACGUGUGCGCCGCAUUCGCAUUUUCCUGGUGCAAACCCACAACCACAGCAACUACAUCACCAUCUGCACACGAUGCAAAUGGAUCCGCUACAUCGUCACAACGACAGCACGUCAACACAGAACUCUGCUGAUUCGUCCCCAACGACCACUUUGACAACAGACACAUCCUCACUUUCGGAUCCGUCGCCAUCCUCCUCCCCAGAUUCCCCAAUCAAUCUGAUACCAUUGAACAACUUCCCAGGGACUUCUUUUGGCGGACUUUCAUCAACAAUGAAUACCCUCACAGUCAGCGAGCCAAAUGCCAUCAACAACCACUUCCAGAGGCCUAUGACCUCUCCUUCACCCAGGAGACGCAACAUGAAGGGUCUCUCCAUACAGCCACCAUUUGCGACCUCACUUUCCACUAGUCUGGUCUCGGAGCCUUCUUCCCCAUCAUUCAUCAAGCCACAAAUCCCGGCGAUGAAGCGGAAGCCAAGCCAGCUGAGCUUGAAGACAGAUGGCCAUGGACUUAACAUUCGAUCGUCAACGAUUGAGAUCCCCCCGUCACCAGCUAUGCCGCCAAUUGGAUUCGCGCAAAGACGGGCUUUGAAGCACUCGACGUCUUCGCCACAGAUGCUUUCUGGCAUGAAAUCGGCUGGUUUCGGACCUGCUGGUGGCAUGACCUUUCCAACUCUCUCGGAGAGGGGACAAUCUGGUCUAUCUGAGAUACUGCGGCCUACAAGACUAAACAGCUCAUCAGGCAACAACCGCGCCUCUAUAAUAAUGGAGGAGGAUUCCUCUCCAAUCCGAUCCCAGCAAGCUAGCUGCGCGGCAAUGGACUUUGAGCCAUUCCGGGACGAGAGCGAAGCAAACGAGGACCAAAAGUCACCCGGAUACCCUGAUGGCCCGAUUGCCAUUUACGACGAUAAUGUCUAUCUGUACCUCGAGCCGUCAGCAGAGGAGGCGUCAAAGUUCGACGUGGUGAUCAAUGUAGCCCGGGAGGUCCUGAAUCCCUUCAACUUCAUGUCUAGUGGUCAAAUGUCACCCGACUCACCAAUUCCUGAUACGGCUGUCACAUCUGACAGCUUUUCUACUGCUUUCGAAUAUCCCAUGGACGACCGCCAGGACACGCCCACAACACCGAAAGCAACCAACCCUUUCCAUGAACCAGAGUAUAUUCAUAUGCCAUGGGACCACAACACCGAUAUCGCCUCGGAUCUUAUGGAGCUUUGUGAAACCAUUGAGAAGCGGACAAAGGAGGGCAAAAGGGUACUGAUACAUUGCCAGCAAGGCGCAAGCCGAUCCGCUAGUCUAAUUAUUGCCUACGGGCUUUAUCAAAACCCUGGAAUUAGCGUCAAUGAUGCUUAUCAUGCGGCACAGGAGAAGAGUCGCUGGAUAAGUCCGAACAUGAAACUCAUGUACUGUCUUCAGGACUUUCAAAAAGAGAUUGCUAAGAGGAGGAUGCCUCGAUCUGCCGCAGGGCUUCGAGGUGGCAAGAGCCCAACCAAGCACCGCCUCACUUUGUCCGCAAAUGCUAUAGACAUGACACCGAAGGAACCACUAUCGGCUCCAUUACCUGAGGAUAGCCCGAGGCAGACGGAAGCUAAGAGCCCAGAGCGCAGUCCUAAGUACGUACGCGGCAAGUCGACACCCAAUCUAGAAGCUAUCUCUCCUGGACCUUCAUCUGCACCAUCAACUUUCUCGUGGUCAGAGAAAGAUGUCAUGAAGAGAUUCCCUCCCCCACGCCAAGAAUUCAAGUCUAAUCUGUCAUUGGGGUUCCCUCCUGCACGACAAGAACUGGAUAUCCCCCGGCAAGAGUUCAAGCCUCCGCCAUCACCUGGUUUCGGCGCACAUCGAUUUGGUAAAGGACCGUCGAGUUUGGGUUUCUCGAGCUUGGGGUUUGGUAGCAUGGAUUCCUCCUUCGGUCAAAUGGGUGCAUCUUUCAACCAUGACCAUGUAGAAGAGCCCGCACAAGCUCCUGUUCAUGUCACGCGGGCAUUUCCUGAGGACGAUGCAUUGAUGUCUCCAAGAGCGGAAACCAUGACCAAUAAUCCCUUGCACGAUUCAUUCGGCGAGAUGGCUGGUCUGAAGUUUGUCGAGGUUCCACCAACUCCACCAGCUCCGAGCGAGGGACUUUUCUCACCUAGGCAAAUGGGCUUCCCACGAGACCCUUUUCAAUCAUUUGUAAGACCUACUCAAGUCGCAGAUCCGAGAAGCCCACCCAUGAAAGGAGAGGCUCCCAUUGUGCGAUCAAUUGAUGAGCUACUGGAAUGA